AUGGGAGAAAAGCCGAGGAAGCUGCUUGUGUUGUAUGCUUCUCAGACCGGAAACGCCCUUGAUUCCGCGGAGCGUAUUGGCCGCGAAGCUGAACGCCGGGGAUGUGCAGCUUCUAUCGUCUCCGCCGACGAGUUCGAUGCGAGUUCCUUACCUCACGAGGAGGCUGUUGUUUUUGUCGUCUCCACUACAGGACAAGGAGACUCUCCAGAUUCUUUUAAGGCAUUUUGGAGGUUUCUUCUUCAAAGAAACUUGGGAAAGUAUUGGUUGCAACAUGUUCGCUAUGCCGUUUUUGGACUAGGUGAUUCUGGUUACCAGAAGUACAACUUUGUAGCAAAGAAGCUAGACAAAAGAUUAUCAGAUCUUGGGGCUACAACCAUGGUGGAAAAAGGUCUAGGAGAUGAUCAACACCCAUCAGGGUAUGAAGGAACUCUUGAUCCGUGGAUGCUGUCUUUGUGGAGUAAAUUAUAUCAGAUCAAUCCAAAAUACUUUCCUAAAGGUCCAGAUGUGGUGAUUCCUCAAGAUGAAGUAAUUGAUCAGCCUAAAUAUAGGAUUUUAUAUCAUAAGCGGGAGCCACUGGAGCCUAAACUGUUAGCGGAGUCAGAGAUCAUACAAAGAGCCCGUGGAAUGUCUCCCGGAAAAUUAUCCAAGGACAAAAGUAAACCAGACUGCUUUCUCAAGAUGACCAGAAAUGAAGUCUUGACUAAAGCUGGAAGCACCAAGGAUGUCCGCCACUUUGAGUUCCAAUUUGUUUCUUCUACUAUCGAAUAUGAAGUCGGCGAUGUUGUUGAGCUUCUUCCAAGUCAAAAUCUAUCAGCAGUAGAUGCGUUUAUAGAACGCUGUGGUUUGGACCCAGAAUCAUUCAUCACUGUUGUUCCGAGAGAGACAGAGAAUAGUGGAGAAGUACUUACACAGGCCCCUAUUAGGCUUAAGAGUUUUGUUGAAUUAACAAUGGAUGUUACAUCCGCCUCACCUCGACGAUACUUCUUCGAGGUUAUGAGCUUCUACGCAACAGCUGAACAUGAGAAGGAGAGGCUUCAAUACUUUGCCUCAACAGAGGGGAGAGAUGAUCUCUACAAUUACAAUCAGAAGGAAAGAAGAAGCGUUCUUGAGGUGCUAGAGGAUUUCCCUUCCGUACAAGUCCCUUUUGAGUGGCUGGUACAGUUAGUCCCACCGCUAAAGCCAAGAGCAUUUUCGAUAUCUUCGUCUCCUUUGGCCCACCCUGGUCAAGUACAUUUGACCAUAAGCAUAGUAUCAUGGAUCACGCCUUAUAAGAGAACUCGAAAAGGUCUAUGCUCCUCUUGGCUUGCAAGCCUCACGCCUGAACAAGAGAUAAGCAUACCGGUUUGGUUUCACAAAGGCUCUCUUCCUGCUCCACCAGAGUCGCUUCCGCUCAUUUUAGUGGGACCCGGAACCGGAUGCGCCCCGUUCCGUGGGUUCAUAGCCGAGAGGGCCGUUCAAGCUCAGUUUAGUCCGGUCGCACCAGUCAUGUUCUUCUUCGGUUGCAGAAACGAAGGCACAGACUUUCUAUACCGCGAGUUUUGGGAGUCUCACGCAAGAGAAGGAGGAAUGCUCUCUGAAGAGAAAGGUGGUGGCUUUUACACAGCGUUCUCUAGAGACCAACCGAAGAAGGUUUACGUACAACACAAGAUCCGCGAGAUGAGCAAGACAGUGUGGGAUUUGCUCUGUGAUGGAGCCGCCGUUUACGUGGCUGGCUCGUCGACGAAAAUGCCUUCUGAUGUAAUGUCGGCUUUGGAGGAAAUUGUGUCGGAGGAGACUGGAGGAUCAAAGGAGGAUGCUUCACGGUGGCUCAAGGCUUUGGAGAAGGCAGGGAGGUACAAUGUUGAAGCUUGGUCUUGA